AUGAGAAACCACACAGCAAUAACCACCUUCAUCCUGCUGGGACUGACAGAUAAUCCACAACUACAAGUUCUCCUUUUUAUCUUUCUAUUCCUCACUUACAUGCUAAGUGUAACAGGGAACCUGACUAUUAUUGCCCUCACAUUGCUGUAUUCCCACCUUAAAACUCCUAUGUACUUUUUCCUCAGAAACUUCUCUUUCCUAGAAGUCUCAUUCACUACUGUCUGUAUUCCUAGAUUCCUGUACAGUAUAUCAACUGGGGACAACACCAUCACUUAUAAUGCAUGUGCAAGUCAAAUAUUUUUUGUUAUUCUCUUUGGAGCAACCGAAUUUUUUCUCCUGGCCGUCAUGUCCUAUGACCGCUACGUGGCCAUCUGUAAACCCCUUCAUUACAUGACCAUCAUGGGCAGCCGGGUCUGUAUUUUAUUAGUCAUCUGUUGUUGGGUGGCUGGCUUGAUGAUCAUUCUCCCACCUCUUAGUUUUGGCCUCCAGCUGGAAUUCUGUGACUCCAAUGCCAUUGAUCACUUUAGCUGUGAUGCAGGCCCCGUCCUGAAGAUCUCAUGCACAGAUACAUGGCUAAUAGAACAGAUGGUUUUACUGAUGGCUGUCUUUGCACUUAUUAUCACCCUGGCAUGUGUUAUUCUGUCCUACACUUAUAUCAUUAGGACAAUUCUGAGAUUCCCCUCUGCCCAGCAAAGAAAAAAGGCCUUUUCUACCUGCUCAUCUCACAUGAUUGUAGUCUCCAUCACCUAUGGAAGCUGCAUCUUUAUCUAUGUCAAGCCUUCAGCAAAGGAAGAGGUGGCCAUUAAUAAAGGAGUUUCAAUGCUCACUACUUCUGUUGCUCCCAUGCUAAACCCCUUCAUUUACACACUGAGGAACAAGCAAGUGAAACAAGCUUUCCAUCACUCCAUAAAAAGGAUUGCAUUUCUCUCAAAGAAGUAG